AAUUCUCAAAAUUGAAACGUGAAAUUUCUUUCGAAUUUCUCAAGGAGAAGAAUUGACGCAUUAUUUGUCAUUUUGUGAUCCUUCUUCCUCUGCUUGAAAGGAUAGACACUAAAAAUCGAACGAAACGGAUCUUCUUUAAGCCGAGUGUUUAGUAAACAUCUAAAAUGAAAGACGGUAAUAGUUCGAACAGCAGGCAGGGUUUGGAAGGCUAUGUGAAUCAUGGCUUAAUAAACGAAUCCACCAACAAUGUGGAUCUCAUUCAUUCAUUUCGAUCUCUUCACAAUUCGCACGGGAACCAUCGUGACAUGCAGGGCUCUUCAGAUUUCAUCUUGAUCGAAGAACCGGGGGAUGACGAGGCCAAGCAGAAGGAAGGUCUUCUGAAAUCACUAUUGCAGUACACGAGGCGGCGUGCCAAGGCCAUAUGCACGAAGAAGACCCUUUACAAGAGACUGCCGAUCUUGAACUGGCUGCCAAGGUACAACACUCAAGAUGCACUCGGAGAUCUAGUGGCUGGGAUCACCGUAGGCCUCACCGUUAUUCCUCAGUCGCUGGCAUACGCAAGAGUCGCCGGUUUACCGACGCAGUACGGUUUAUACGGCAGCUUCCUAGGUUGCUUUAUAUAUGUAAUUUUGGGAUCCUGCAAAGAUGUACCUAUGGGACCUACUGCUAUAAUAUCUUUGUUGACUUAUCAAACAGUGUCUCACUUAGACUCUCCGGCGAUGUAUGCAAUUUUAUUAUCCUUUUUGUCCGGAAUUGUGGAGUUAAUAAUGGGUAUAUUUGGCCUCGGAUUUCUAAUAGAUUUCGUGUCUGGGCCAGUAAGUUCUGGUUUUACCUCAGCAGUGGCUUUGAUAAUCGUUACGUCGCAAAUCAAAGACAUCCUCGGUAUUCCUGCCAAAGGUUCUCAGUUUAUUGAGAUGUGGCAGAGUAUCGGUGGACUGAUACAUAUGACAUCCACCUGGGACACUAUUUUGGGAAUGUCCUGCAUAGCAUUGCUAUUAAUUCUAAGGUUACUAGGUUCAUUCAAAAUCGGCCCGAAAAAAGAGGAGCUUCUUACUACAAAACAUCGCAUCGUGAAUAAAAUCAUUUGGCUGAUCAGCACCUCGCGAAACGCCAUUUUAGUAAUAAUUUGUGGUUUAAUAGGCUGGAGCUUUUCGAACGAGCCGCCUGUCCAACUGAUCGGCCACAUAACGGGAGGCAUGCCUACUGUACAAAUUCCACCGUUCGGAUUCACCAAAGGCAACACGACGGUCACGUUUAUCGAGAUGCUUGGUAAUUUGGGCAGUGGUCUCAUCGUUAUACCACUCAUCUCUCUAAUGGAAGAUAUCGCUAUUUGCAAGGCUUUCGCCAAUGGAAAAUCAGUGGACGCUACGCAGGAGCUGAUAGCUAUUGGUAUAACGAAUAUUGGAAAUUCCUUUGUGCAAGCUUUUCCGAGCACGGGAUCCCUUAGCAGGAGCGCAGUGAACAACGCUUCUGGUGUUAAGACACCAUUUGGUGGCAUUUACACUGGUUUAUUGGUAAUUUUAGCUCUGCUAUUCCUCAUCCCAUACUUCAGUUUCAUUCCACGUGCCACUUUGGCGGCGAUCAUUAUCGCCGCAGUGAUCUUCAUGGUUGAAGUCAAAGUGGUGAAGCCGAUGUGGAGGACGAAAAAAUCGGAUCUCAUCCCGGGGGUAGGCACAUUCAUCGCUUGUUUAGUACUGCAAUUGGAGAUCGGUAUCCUCUGCGGAAUCGGAAUAAAUAUUCUCUUCAUCCUAUAUCACGCUGCCAGGCCGAAAAUAUCUGUAGAGAAACUUAAGACUCGUCACGGUAUCGAGUAUCUAAUGCUGACACCGGAUCGUUGCUUGAUCUUCCCUUCAGUAGACUACGUCCGCAAUUUGGUGACCAAGUACAGCCGACGCGCCGAGAGCAUCGCGACGCCGGUCGUGAUUGACUGUUCGCACAUUUACGGUGCAGACUUCACAGCUGCCACAGUCAUCGAGAUCCUGACAAAGGAUUUCGCCAAAAGAGGCCAGCCGCUAUUCUUCUACAACUUAAAACCGUCAGUGAACGCUGUAUUCGAAGGCGUCGACCCCACGGACUUCAUCGUCUACUAUAAUCAGGAAACGUUAGACGACUUGCUGAAGGAGAAGGGCUACACGAAGCAUAUUCAAUAGAAGCCCCAUGAAACAGUUAAGAUAUUGUUUCCGAUCGUGAAAGAUAUAAUUUGUACUUUCAUAGCGUGUUCCUCGAGGCUGUUAUCGGGACUCAAUAGCCGACUACCAAAAAUGCACGAGACUCGAGAGAUUUUCGAACAUCUCCCGAUUCUUAACGCAGUCAACUAGACUGCAAGGCAGAUCGUGAAUCUUUUUAUAUCGCCAUGAAAGCGAAAUUUUUAUGAAACAAAUUAUGUAUUUACUCCCUAAAACUUUUGGAAUAAAAUCUAAUUCUA